UCUAAAAGCCGGCGCUGAGGCUGCAGUAACUUUAGCUGCAGUUUACGCUUGCUUUUCUGUGGAGAGGUGGAGACCGUGAGUCGAGUCCUGCAGAGGACGUCGUCGCAGUCGCAGCGUCUCGCGCAGGCUGCCUUCGCUGCCGCCCCCGAGGAGACGGACCCUUCCACGCCCUCUCCACUAGAGAGAUGUCUGCUCCAGCACAGCCACCAACACCAGGGGCCCCAGAAGGGGGUGCUCCAGGGGGAGGCCCGCCUCCCAACACAACUAGUAACAGGCGACUGCAGCAAACACAGGCACAAGUGGAGGAGGUGGUAGAUAUCAUGCGAGUGAAUGUGGACAAGGUCCUGGAAAGGGAUCAGAAGCUGUCUGAAUUGGAUGACCGCGCAGAUGCCUUACAGGCAGGAGCAUCACAGUUUGAGAGCAGUGCUGCCAAGCUAAAGAGGAAGUACUGGUGGAAAAAUUGUAAGAUGAUGAUCAUGCUGGGAGCCAUUUGUGCCAUCAUCGUGGUAAUUAUUGUAAUCUAUUUUUUUACUUAAUGUACCACCCCUCCUUCAUUCCCCACACCAUCAGAACUCAUGCCCCUUUCCCACUGUCAUUUCCCCAGCAGACCCAGGCCAUCCACUUUGUCUUUACCCAAGCUCCUUCAUCUCCUCUUUAGUUGCUUUGUUUGUACCCAGACCUCCUGCACUGGACAUGCUGCUCAUGGGGCGGCUGCAUUCUCGCUCCAGGAAGCACGAGUAGCCAGGGUUUGGCCCCUCCCCUUCAGAAAACACCCGUGCCCCAGCCCAGGAAGUGGAGUGGAAGUCAGGGCAGAAGCAGGUCAGUCAGAACAAGUCCAGAGGAAGCUGCCCAAGUGGAAGCUGGGACCGCAGGGGCUGAGGCAGUCUGGAGUGAGGCUUGGGGAGAGCAUAGGGAAAAGGCAGUUUCUUCCUCUUACCUUCUGCAGCUUCUCAAUGGGCUCUGCAGUGUUAACAGGGUGGGAGAAGCUUGACCUCAAUAACAACCAUCCUGGGCCAUCAGAAAUUGCAGUGGUGAUUUUGAUUGUACAGCAGAAUAAUUUUAUUGCAAAAGAUAGUUCGGAGUCCGGAGCAAUGAUAUGUGGGGUCUGAUCAUUAUUUUUAUAAUUAAGUACAGUACUCAAAAACCUAGAAGACCUAGAGUUGUGUCCACUCCCAGGGCGUUCCUGUACGCAGUGUUUUUCAGAAGAUUUCCCGCCCUCCCCUGCCCCUGCCACUGCCGCCGCCGCCGCUGCUGCUGCUACUGCUUUCAGUCUGGCCCAGGAUCUGCCAUUGUGCUUCUGGUGCUACCAUUCUGUUUACCACAGAAUUGGUGGGUUUGAACACUUUUCCUUUUAACUUAGAAAACAUUUGGGGCACAAUUUUGCUUACUGUCUGCUCCUCAUUUAGAAUUGGUACCUAGAGGCUGAUAAGUCAGGUCAGCUCUUAGUAGACAAGUCUAAUAGUGUGUGAGAGGACUCAAAAAUAUCCUUUGCAGUUGAAAUUUGAGCCUGUUGGUUAUUCUUAGUCAUUAUAAAGAUAUUGGAGAAAAAACUGCCCUGGGAACUGAACUAAGUGUAAGGCAAGGUAAGGUAAGAGACCUCAUUCAAAAAUAAUGAGUCUAAAAUAAGCAUUUAUUAAGCACCUUCUCUAUACCAGGCACUGUGCUAAGCACUGGGAGUACAAAGGAAGGGUAAAAACAGUCUCUAUCUUCUUGAGUUUUUUUCCUUAUGGGGAAGAUCAUAAAUGUCUCCAUAUGGAACAGAUCAAUGAUAGUCUCAGAGAGAAGCUAGUGGAGUAGGUAUGGAAGGAGAGGGAGGAAUCGAGAAUAAGGAGGACCUCCUGAUAGUCGCCAAAGUUUGGCUGGGAUGAGAUGGCCUUUUUAUAGUUGAUGGGUUUUUUUCUCCUUUCCCUUUGAUAGCUAGAAGGUGGAAGUUUGGGAACAGGAGGUCCCUGAUAUCUCCGCAAAGUCCUUUCUCAGCUCUGCCCUGUUGUCAUACCAAAGACAGACAUGGUUAUAGACCCAGUCUGGAACCAGACUAUAAGACUUCAGGGAAAUCCAAUGUAGACACUAAACCUGUAUCUUCCUGUUGUGGGUCACAGCUGUGUGGCUGUGCUGACAGAGUCAUCAGUUUGCCACCUCCCUACCAUUUAGUACCUCUUCUCUCCAGGUCCAUCUUCUACUUGCCCCUUCAUGCUAAUUUAAACUCUUUCCUUCUGUAGUGCUUGGGUUUAUUGACCUAGGCAGAGGGAUCAUAACUGUGUCCAGUUUUCUGACAGUAUCCUGGGAAUUUCCUUCUAGCUUUAAGACAGGAUGCCAAAUGAGACUCCUGGGCAGGUACAACAGUGACCUCUUCUCUCACCUUUAUAUAUAGACAAGCAAAGGGAGUGUAGGGCUUGGGGCUGCAUGUUCACCUUCCAUGCACCACCAUUUUAUUUGCCAAAAACACACCCUUCCCCAACCCCUGCCUACUUCCAUAUUCCCUUUGUCCUGCCCUGUGGUGGGACUGAAGAGCUGGAAGGAAGCAAUGAGUGUACCUCUCCCAACGUCUCCCCCAAGAAGGUCUCCACUAUCCUCUGGGCGCCUUCCUCUCUUGGGGGGACACCGCUGGAGAAGAACCACCACUGUCCUCGCUGCCUCUAGAGCCAGGAACAAACCAGCCCCUGGGCUCACUAAGCCCCAGCCUCUUCAUCACUUUAAGCGCUUUGUCAAAGGAUUUUGCAUUCUGGGUUUUUGUUGUGCCUAAGAGCUCCCUUCCAGUGACCAGAAUAGAUUUUUCCAAACCUUGGAGUGGGGGUAAAAAGGGGAAGGCAUGUCUUCCCUCAAUUUUCCCGCCCCAUGACCUGAUUCUGUCUCUUUGCUAUCAUCCCCAUGCAUGGGCAAAAAUGCUGUUGUACACCCAGGACUUUCCAGCCAAAUGAAGCAGAUUUCCCCAUGUUCCCCCAUCCCUUCCGGUUUGUCAUGAGCCGCUGUGGGGUUUUUCACUGUGUCUGUUGUCCCCUUUCUGUCUUUCUUUCCCUUCCAAUCUCAUACUUGUGUAAAAUAAUAACAGUUGUAUUCCAAGUAAGGCAUGUAGCACAUUUACUAAUUUCGUGUAUUCUGGGAAAAAAAAACAAAAAAACAAAUUCCUACCACCAACCUGAUGGCAUCUGGGUGACUUGGCCUAAAUUGGGGGCGGGCUACCACUGGGGCAGAUUUCUCCAUAGGUUAAAGCACUGGUGCUUCUGUGCAGUUUGCUCUUCUGAUUGAGAUUAAAGAUACCCUUGUAUGUUGGCAAUGGAA